GAAAUCCUAUCUUAAUAUUUAAUUAUUCUUUUCCUACGUUGACAUGACCUCAUGCAACAAUUCAAUCAUCACCAUCAUGAAUCAACCUAUAUAUAAAUCCCUAUAUCGAAGCUUAAUUUCUUCAUAAAACCAAUUUGCUCAAAAACCUUCCAAAGACUCCUCCAAAUAACACAGAUAAAUAUCAUUACAUUAGCAACAUUAAUAAUGGACAUGAUCACAACGAUGGUGAGUGAUAAGGCUGUGGUAAUAUUCAGCAAGAGCACAUGUUGUUUGAGUCACUCCAUCUUGUCAUUGAUACGAAGCUUUGGUGCAAACCCAACUGUUUAUGAGCUUGAUGAGAUGACAAAUGGGCCACAGAUCGAAAGAGCAUUGAUUCAAUUUGGGUGCCAACCGAGUGUACCAGCUGUGUUUAUUGGUCAACAAUUCAUCGGUGGAUCUAAAAGAAUCAUGACCCUCCAUCUUCAAAAUGGGGUAGGACUAAUGCUCAAAUGAAUGACAGAGAUGCACGGAUCAACUACUUCCAGUUUGUUAAAAAUGUCUAAGCUUAGUGUUUUGAAGAAUUUGUACCAAACUGUUAUAAAUAAAUAUAAUUGACGUUAAAUAGUAAUAUGUAUGAUUACUUUCAUUCUAUAGUAUGUGGUUUGUUA